UGACGCACGAGGUGGUUUUGCUGUGUGCAUAUGUAUAUGUUUAUGCCUCCUCUUCUCUCCCUAAAACCUAGACCCGGCAAAAUGGACGAUAUAGCACUGCGAGCAUCUGAUCGUGUUUUAGAAGUGAUAUUCUCGUAUCUGGAUCUGCACACGUUGAGAAAUUGCUCGCUGGUGUGCAAACGGUGGUACCGGUUUCUCAAUGACGAGAACAAUGACGUUUGGCGGAUGCAUUGUAUUAGAAAAUUGGCCCAGGAGGCCCUCAGUUCCGAUUUGUUAUCGUCGGUACCCACAUACAAAUCCAAGCUUCGUGCAUUUUAUCACGCGUGGAAUCCGAACGAUUGUUCUCGGAAUAUUUACAUCAAACCCAACGGAUUCACCCUGCACAGAAAUCCUGUAGCGCAGAGUACAGAUGCAUGUAGAGGCAAAAUAGGUUUCCGACAUGGACGUCAUGCUUGGGAAGUUAUCUGGGAAGGACCUUUAGGAACAGUAGCAGUAAUAGGAAUAGCCACUAAAGAAACACCUCUCUUGUGUCAUGGAUAUGUAGCGUUACUUGGUUCUGACGAACAUUCCUGGGGUUGGAAUCUUGUUGAUAAUCACUUGUUACAUAAUGGAGAUCCACAAGGCAAUUAUCCUUUACUCAAUAAUGCUCCAAAAUAUCAGGUUGGCGAGAGAAUUAGAGUAAUUUUAGAUUGUGAUGAUAAUACAUUGUCUUUCGAAAAAAAUUACGAAUUUCUGGGUGUAGCUUUUAGAGGGUUACCAGAUAAGAGAUUAUAUCCAUCAGUAUCGGCGGUUUAUGGAAAUACAGAAGUGUCCAUGGUAUACUUAGGACCACCGUUGGAUGGCUAACACAUUUCAUUUAAGAAAAACAUAUCCUCAAAAAGCUCACAAUUGAGGCUGUACAAUGCAUUCUUAAUGCCAAGUUUUCUGCACUAUAUCGAUAUUGUCUACGUUUAAGUAGAACAAAGCACACAGAUACAAACUGUACAAUAUUCUUUACAGAGAAUGUGUGCCUGCUAGAUUACUUGGUCAAUAAUAUUGUAAAUAAUAGGCAUUUUAUUUUAUUUAGAUUGCAAAGUUUAUCAUCCAGUACAUACAAUGGCUUGGUUUAAACAAUCAAAUUGAUUUCAGUUAAUAUAAUAUUGUGUGUCCACACAUGGAGGCUUUAAGUGAUAUUAGUUUUUAAGUAAUUGUUUGUAUGAAAAUAUUUCAGUGAGAUACUUAUUAAACAAUAAUAUUCACUGAAAUAGUUUUUAUUAAAUAAUGCCAUUGUAUGAAUAUUGCUGAAUGAAAUUUGAAAGUUAUCAGAAUCUUUAUAUAUGUAUAUAUGAGUAAUAUAUUUGUCAUACUUAA